GGUCAGAAAAACUCAGCCAGCCAUCAACGAGUUCGAACACAAACCAGAGCGACUGAAGCUGAUCAUGCUGAGGAGCCCAGGAGAUCAAUCAGAAGGUGUCCUCAGCAGUCCCCUCAAAUGCUUCAAGAGUGGUUGAUUGAGCUGAUCGCGAGCCGUUAUCGGGGACAGAACCGUUAGUGCCGAGACCACGAUGGGUGGGAAGCAGUCCUGCAGUCCGUCCAACAAGGAUCUGAACGAGGUGAGGGUGGUUCCAAGGAGGAAGAGCACAUUCAGAGGGGAUCAGCUCGGCCUUUCCUCAGCUGCAGAGAGGAUCCGCAAAUACACAACGGUGCACUUUGGUUACAGCACCCUGAGCUUAGCCAUGAGGGGGCUGGACGAGACCCCCGCCGAGCUGUGGGAGCUCCGCGAGCUCCAGAAGCUCAACUUGUCCAUGAACGGCUUGUGUUCCCUGCCUCCCACCCUGGGGGCGCUGGACAACCUGGUGGUUCUAAAUUUGUGGGGGAACAACUUGUCCUGCCUGCCCCCUGAGAUCGGCCUCCUGAAGAAGCUGCGUGUGCUCUUCGCUUGCUGCAACUGCCUGAGCAAGGUCCCCGAGGAGCUGGGCUCCUGCACCCGCCUGGAGGUUCUGAGUCUGGCCAACAACCAGAUAUCGGGCCUCCCCAGCAGCCUGGCGUCCAUGCGCAACCUGACCAAGCUCAACCUGAGUCACAACCGCAUCGUUCACAUCCCGACCUGCGUCUACAGCAUGAAGGGCCUGGUGUUCCUCCACCUGGCCUGCAAUCGCCUGGAGACCAUUGCAGACCAGAUCCAGGACCUGGUGAACCUGAAGAUCCUGAUCGUGGAGGGAAACAGUAUACACACGCUGCCCAAGACUUUGUGUUUCUUGGAGUCUCUGGAGCUCCUUAAUGUUGACUUUAACGAACUGCAAAGUGUUCCUGUGGAGUUGUAUUUACUGAGCGGGCUCCGGCGGCUGGCCUGUCACCCGCUGGACAAAGGACUCCAUAUAAUCCACAACCCCCUCCUCAAGCCCAUCCAGGAGGUGCUGCAAGGAGGACUCAGUGCUCUCUACAACUAUCUCAAACCCACAUGA